AUCCAGCCGAGCCACCGGAGCGGGAUAGUGCGAUCACCCGCUCACUCCAAACUCAACAUGGCAGUGCUGAUUGUGCUCGCGGCCACCCUGGCCCUCGGUCAGGCGCUGUAUCCUCCGCCCGGCGGAUACAGUUACGGAUACAGUCACCAGACACACCACGGAUACGGACACCAGAGUUAUGGGCAUCCGUACCCGUACGGACACUCGUACGGACAUCCGCAAAGCUACUCGUACGGACACCAGACGCAUCACAUCGGCUACCAGCCUGUUCGUCACGUGGUCAACCACCGGCCUGUGCCCGUGCCGGUUCCGGUGCCACAGAAGGUGUACAACCCGGUACCGGUGUACCGCGAGGUGUACAGCACGGCCGUGAACCGGGUGCCGGUGCCGGUGCGUGUGCCGCGCCCGGUGCGCGUGCCCGUGCCCGUGGACAUCCCGCGGCCGGUGCCGGUGCCGGUGCCGGUCAAUGUGCCGCGGCCGAUCCCCGUGCAGAACCACCACUUCCUGCUGCGCAAGGUGGGCGUGCCCGUGAGCGCCGUGGGCGGCGGCUACCCGGUGGCGCCCGUGGCAGCCGCUGCCGGAGGCUACGUCGGCUAGGAGCGCUGCCUCCUCGCCCCGGCCACCCUACAUCUCGACCCAACGUCCGACCUCGCCGCUUCUAUCACCAGAACCACAUACUGAGCGGAACUUCAACUCCAAUCACCGAUUACCACUAUGGUGCAUACUCGUGUGUACAAUUUGGUAUGUGUUGGAAUUGUUGAUAUUACCUCUUGUCACAUUUGUUAUACUAAUUUGUGAAUGAGGUAGGUAUAUAGCUAUUCGCCUUGUUGAUAUAUGUGAGAAAAUACAUAUUCUUUUUGCCAUUACAUAUAACUCUUACCGCCUAAACGAACGAUGCUAU